AUGGAAGAUUUAGUGCAGAGGGUAAGUUUAAAGCUGCACGAAGCUUCUCUCAAGGAUUUAAUAAUCCCAGCACGGCCUCCCCAAACUACCUUAUACGAUGUUGAGAUGGUGCAUUCUAUUGUGAAGCAGUAUAUGAUGCAUGAAAAGUUAAGUCGAGAUUCAGAUCUUGGAAAGAGCGAUGUUGGAUGUAAUGAUUUUAUUCUGGGGCAUGGAACCUUGUUGAGUGUUGGUAAAAUGAUUGAUGGGUAUCUCGAAGAAAUUGCCCGCGACCCGAAUCUUUCGCUUGCCAGUUCGUUGACUCGUCUUAGUCAAUCCCUGAGUUUGUUAGACCGGUUCAUGAUGAACUGGGCAUACGGACAUGACGAAGGCCGAAAGAAAGGAACUGUGUGGUUAGAGCUGCAGCUGAAGACUGACGAAGAAUGGGAGAAAACUGCAGCUGAAGACUGCAGCUCCAUCAAGAAACAGAUGAACCGGAUCAAGAUAAAAGAGGAUGGCAGUAAACUGGUCAAGAACAGCAAAAACAAAAAAUGUGGGAUGCAGAUGCUGCCAUCUCGAUUGAGAAGAAUAUUCGACAAGUUGUGGGUUGUGGGAAAAGGGCACGGCGAGAACAAAAGUUCCAAGACCUCUGGAAGUUCGCAAAGCCCGGCUGCAAUGAUUCCAGGGGACACCAAGUCAUCUGCAAAACACAGGAGGCAUUCUAUUUCUUAG